CUGCCUCUGUCAGUUCAGUCUGGCAGCACCGCAGCAGCAGUGCUCUACGCCAGAUCGGGAGGAAUGCGAUCGGGGGAGACGCAGCCAGACGACUCUCGGCACCGACCAUGUGGAUGAGAAGAGACAGGCAGCUGGUGGCUGUCACCCUGGCUACCAUCUUCGCGGCCGAUGUCUACUUUGUGCUCCUGCCCAGGCUGCGGGAGAGGUACGCCGUGGACGAGCAGGGAUGCCCGUGCCUGGACGUCACUGGAGACAACAGCAGCCGUGCCGACGUUCCCGCCACCUCAUGGCCGUCCAACUCCUCUAUGCCGCUGGCCAACAUGCCGGAAGCACUGGGGGUCACCUCCAUCUCCACGGCGACCCGAGGCAAGGAACGGGUGCCCAAGUUGGAGAAGCUUUUCGCCCAUCCUCUCUACAACUUUCAAAGCCCUAAUCUUGGAGAUGAAGGAGUCCUGCUGCAGUCAGAGGAGCUGAUGAUCCACUACAGGAGGAAGAUGUCUCGCUGGGAGAGACAUCAGAGAUACUACAAUGAAGCUGCGGCAGCUUCCAACAUCUCUGUACCCAGACACGAGGUUACAUUUGACCCAGAAGCUAGCUGGCUCAAGUUCCAUUUGGGGAUUAACCGUUACGCCCUGUAUGCCCGCGAUGACCCCAGCAUUGGCCAGCUGCUCCAGGACAUGCACAAUGCUGCUAUAAUUGGUGCAGAUUACACACAGGAUGAGAAAGCUCUCAGAGGAGUAUGCGACUGCUCGCAAGUGGUGAAGCCAAGUGGUCACCAUCUGAAGCUGGCCUUGAAACUGCAAGACUUUGGCAAGGCCAUGUUUAAGCCAAUGAGGCAAGCGAGGGACCAGGAAACACCCGCGGAUUUCUUCUAUUUCGUUGACUUGCAGAGACACAAUGCUGAAAUAGCCGCCUUCCACCUGGACAGAAUAUUAGAUUUCCGGAGAGUGCCCCCUGUGGCUGGGAGAUCCAUCAACAUCACCAAGGAAAUCCUGUACACUACACACAAUGAAGAACUGAGAAGUGUCUUCUUCACCUCUCCAGCGAACAACACGUGUUUUUUUGCCAAGUGUUUGUACAUGUGCAAGACCGAAUAUGCCGUGUGUGGGAGCCCCGAUGCUCUGGAGGGCUCCAUGUCGGCCUACCUGCCUAGCCUAAGCAUCGCCCCGCGCCUCGCCAUCCCCAACCCUUGGACUCGCUCCUAUACUUUCACAGGAAAAGAAGAAUGGGAAGUAAAUCCAUUCUACUGUGACUCUAUUAAGCAGCUCUAUCCAUACAACUCUGGGAACAGACUACUUAAUAUCAUAGAUAUGGCUAUAUUUGACUUCCUCAUAGGAAAUAUGGAUCGACACCACUAUGAAAUCUUCACCAAGUUUGGAGAUGACAGCUUACUUCUCCACAUUGACAAUGCCAGGGGGUUUGGGAAACAUUCCCAUGACGAAAUGUCAAUACUGGCCCCACUGACGCAGUGCUGCAUAAUCAAGAAGUCGACCCUGCUGCGUCUGAAGCUGCUGUCUGAGGACGACUACCGGCUCAGUGAUGUCAUGAGGGAGUCCUUGGGUCGGGACGCCCUGCGGCCCAUCCUCACAGAGCCGCACCUGCAGGCCCUGGACCGCCGGCUGCAACGCAUCCUCCAAGCCGUACGGACCUGCGUCAGGAAGCUGGGCGAGACGCAGGUGGUGGCCGUCGACUUUGUGGAGUCCGUCACCCCCAGUGGUAUGAGGUAGCACAGGGAUCCAUCAGAAGAGGUGACGUGAUCCCUGGCAGAGAAAAGGUGUAUAAAGCACUGGAUAACUUAAGACAUUGACUCUUACACACACUUUUUCCCCACAAGCUGAUAUGCUAAUGCUCCUCGUACUAAUUCACUCGAUAAGGAAAUAAACAUGCAUUUUAUUUACUGGACAUAUCUUUAAGUCUGUGGUUGCCUGGGGUUGCAUCCCUAUCAUUUGUAUAUGAAGCUGUGUAAAAAUGUACCGAAUUUAUGAAAAAGUAAAUUAUUUUUCCCAGAAUGUCAAGAGAAAAAUAGAACAUAUUUUUUAAAAAUUUUUUGCAGCAAGCUUUUGUCAGUAGUAACUUAUAUUUUAUCUGAGAGAGAGAAUUGAUCCGGGGCUCCUGAAGACCUGGAAAUGAGCCUCCUUUUCCAUUUUGCAAUGUAUAGUGAAAAUCCUACAGGGUUUGAGUCAACAGUGCUGUUUCACUUUUGGUUCUUAAAGGAAUUGUCAUUUACAGUCUUUACACGUGUAUUAAUCUCGGACAUUAACACGUAUGUUUCCCUCCCACCGCUCAAAUGUGUCGGCAUUCUAGGGAAGGUAGGCUGCUGAGGGACGUGGCUGAUGGGAAAUUACUAAAAAUGACACAAAAGCUGCAUUUAUUAUAAAAGCAUACAUGCUAAGAAAUGUUAUUUUCUAAAAUGUCUGGAACCUUAAAACGUAAUUUAGUUUAAUUGACAUUACUCAUGGUGUGCGAUUAUGUCUUUGUAUGUGACCUUCUGGUAUCCGGUUCUGGGUGUACCCUGCCCUGUUUGUUCUGGGCUUACUGCAGCCCAGCAUUGGAUAAACAAUUGUAGAAAAUCAAUCAAUGGAUGGAUGACAGAGAGCAAAUUCAUAGUGGUUUUCCUCCAUCAAAGAACCGGUUCCGUUCUGGUUGGCAAACCAGUUCAGUUCGGAACCAGAUGCCUAACCAGGACCCAGAUGGCAUUUCCACCAAUUUACAUUGAGUUUACAUUGACCUCUGUGCAGAGGUGUAAAGUUCAUGUAUUCAUACUUCGUUUCUAUACUUAAGUAGGUUUUUUUUAGAAUUUGUGUAUCACUUGAGUAUUUUAAGUUGUUGCAACUUUCACUUCACUACAUUUCUGAGCCAAAAACUGACUUUACUUGAGUAUAGGGCUGUAAAAUUCAGAGUAAAAUGUGAAUCAAGUUUUUUUUUUUCAUUCAGAAUAGAAAUUGCUAUUUUCUUUCAACAAUAUAUUUCUCUCUUCAUUAUUAUUAUUAUUAUUAUUAUUAUUAUUUAGCAUUAUGUAUUGUCUUUAUUGAGAUAUUUCGACAUGCACAGUAUUUUCGCUAACAUACAGAUAUUGCCGGCUGAUAUUUAGACCUAAAGUCUAUCAGUAUUCAAAGUUGGCAGCACCAGAACUAAAGACACAACCAUUGGAAUAAUGGAGAUGAUUACACUGGGGGCGAUCAGCCACUUUCCACAGCGGACGACGAGGGAUUUUAUCGGGUUAGUAAGAGGCCUCAAAGGACCAGCCUGUGACAUGUUUAUAAUCCGUUAUUAGGGUUAAGGUUAUUACUCUAAUCAUUUACUUGAGUUUGGUGUGGUAUUUGUACUUUUACUAAAGUAAGAAAGCUGGGUAAAAUUUUCCACCACUGCCUCUAUGUGAUGCUCCUGUAGAUCAAAUGGUACACGCCCACUCGUGAUGUCAUCAAGGUUCCUGUUUAGGAUCUAUUUCUUGGUUCUCAACGCAAAGCUGGUUUUAUUUUGGGGGCAAUGUGCAGAGCCAUUCAAAAAUAGGUUGGCGAACUGGAGUGGAACCGGUUCUCUAUUGGUGGAAAAGCACUGUCAGAGAGAAAAUUGCCAUUAGUGUGUGCAAUUAAACCUCAGAACGACAUUUCUAAGUGUGUGUAUAUAUACAUACAUACGCACACACACAAAACUCUUCUGAGCCUCUUAUUGGUUCACAUAACUUAGUAAGAUAUGUCUGAGGCGAUAUAAAUGAUAUUCCAUCUGUAGGACAGUGUCACCAAUAAAACAAUCUGCAGCCUGAAAGGUUUACAGCCUUAUUUUCGAGACAGGUUGCAAUACCCCAGAUACCCUGUCUCAUCAGGACAGAACUCUGUUUCCUUUGCGAAACAAAACCUUCUCCCUAUGAACACAGCAGUUUUAAUAAACCCUGCCUAUUCUCAAACUCAACUGCUCGAAAGCACUGAAAACAAGCGCAAGGAAACUAAUUAUUACUCUGAAGGCAACAGAAUGCACAGGAGUGAAGGAAAUGAUCAGAACACGUACAAUGUAGCUUGAAUAUCUAGGCUGAAGUAUUGUAGAUACUUUAGUGAAAGAAAAUAAGCAGAACUGCUGCUUUGAACACAGCAUUUGUAAAUCAAAGCUCAAACAUCUAGACUAAAACAGCUGCUCUGGCAAAUGCAGUCUAGCCGUUUGGUGCAGGCCACAUUGCUCACGAAAUCUAAUCUCAUGCCGUUUCCGUUUUUUUGUGAUUAUUAAAUAGCCCUGGACAGCUCGGAAAGUUAGCAGCGCUGUGUUCAGUUUCAUAUUGAGGGCAAAAAAAAAAAAAAUCAUAUUAUUCCACUUGAAGCUGAUUUGCAUAAAGCUACCAAUCUGAAAUCUGAGGAAACAUUUUCCCACCAAAACACCAAACAUCCUUGUUCUGAAGAGUUAUAAGCUGUUCUACACUGACAUCUAGUGUGUGAAGUGAAAAAUGCACUUAGUUCUAUAGUGUCCAAAUAAUAAAAAGUUUUGAAUACUUAAUAGCUUACAAAACGUUAAUGUAUUUAAGUAUGGUAAAUUAACAUGUAAUUUAUUUUAAAUAAAUAUAUAAACUGUG